UCCCUCUAUCCCUCCCUCCCUACUGUUUUGGUGUGUCAUGCAGUGUUGUGCAGUGGCUGACUGCAUUUCUCUCUUGUGGGACCCUUUAUGUGUCACUGUUGUGUGUGCUGCAGUGACAAUGGGAGCUAAUGUGUGACAGUGCAUGUAGGGGUGGGGAAGAGAGAGAGAGAGAGAGAGAGAGAAAGUGGGUAGCUAGAAAGAGAUAGAGAGUGCACACGAGGCAAGAGGCGCUCCCUCUAAACCCGGCUGCGACGCCAAACAGCAUUGCACCGGCUGCUACAAUAGUCUUAAUGGAGGCUCAGGCAGACUCUGGUGCUGCAGAGCCACUUAGAGACAGAGAGUUCCAGAAGCUUCUGAAGUCCUCCAGCUCCGCCAGUCUCACCACUGAGGCAUCCCACAAUGCCUCAGGAGAGUACGUUGGCACCCCAUCACAUCAUGGCAGCCAGGUGCUGAUCACCGAGAAACGACAGCCUCUCAGCAGUGUGUCCUCUCUGGAGGUACACUUUGACCUCCUGGACUUGACGGAGCUCACAGACAUGUCUGACCAGGAGCUGGGGGAGGUGUUUGCUGAUUCAGAUGAGGAGAAUCAAACAGAAUCCCCAGCAAUUCACCCCUCAGAUCGGCAGCAGCCACCAUUACCUAGAUUUCCACACGGUGGUUACGUCCGCUCACCAUCCUGGACCCGUGGUGGAAAAGCGGAACAGCAGUCAAGAGAUCGAAAGCAUCACAGUGACUCCGAAAACACAGAGCCAAUGCUGAAGAUAGAGCGCUCCCAAUCCCAACAGCCUUGAGCCAGGGGAAGCUACAGGGGCUUAGGAAGAAAACAAAGCCCUUGUGCUGAAAGUGGAGCUUCCUUCACAAGAAAGAAGUUUAGGAACUCCUGGGAUCAAAGGACAUAUUCAUUCCACCUAAAGAUAAUGCAAUCCCUUUGUCCAUUAUGGACAAGAAGAGAGCUCCAAUAAGCUAGAGUAAGUGUAGACUCUUCCUCAAGAUGCAACAGACUUCAUACAACUAGGAUUUUGGGACUCCUCUUUUGGACCGAGUUACUUUCAGUCUUCUCCAUGUGGCUACUGCUUAUGGAGAACUUGCAGCAUGAUGUAGCAUAAUGGACAACACUGGCUCAAGCAAUGUGAAUCUAAGGAGCAACUGAGGAAUACCACAGUGAUUUGAAUUUGAACAGUGCAAUGUGUCGAAGCAGCAACUGUGAUAAGACAUUUCCAGAGAAUCUACAGCAUAGUUAAAGACAUGUCAAUGCAGCGUAAAGAGAGAAGUUGCAAGAAUUCCCAAAAAAUGUGUCCUUUGAGGAGAUUCUACAUGAAAGUAUCGAUACCUAGACACAAAGUCAAAUGUCUUGUAAAAAAAAUUCAUGCCUAAGGCCUGAAACAUACCCUACGCAAGUUCAUGAAUGCAGACAUUUUGAUUGAUUUGAUAUAUCUUUGUGUUUCAGAAUUUGUCAGAACGGAAUUGAUAUUGCAGCAUAUUCUCAUCAUUGCCAACAAGAGGGUGUUUCUGCUAGAAUUAACAUAAGCCAGUGAAGUCCAAUCCUGAUAUGAAAGGUCACCUUCCAGUGGGCUUUAUCUUCAACCUGACCUAACACAUUGGCUAGGACUGGAUAGCCCUUUAUCCCUUUAGGCAGUGUUUCCCAACCCUGUUCCUGGAGGCACACUGACAGUACACAUAUUCAAACUCUUCCUAAAUACAAUACACCAGAUUAAAUCAGCUCAAUAGGAGACACUGCAAGACCUGAAG